AUUUUAUUUUUAGAAAGGCUUGAAGUUGAAGGGAAGGUGAUAAGGGAGCAGCAGAGAGAGUAAUACUGGGUGGACAGAACAGAACAGUUAUCUGAAUGGAUCUUCGUGUGCAGCACCCUGUUGAUGUUUCCCUUCCCUGCUUCUCUUAUUCUCAGAAUGUGAAGUUGCAAUUGCAAAGAAGGAGAUUAUCCACCGUUUCUUUUGCACUGGCUGAGACUGCAGCUUCAAUGGCAGUAGCUGUAACUGUUGUUGGUGCAGCAGCUACUCUUCUUGUAAAGAGAUCCAAAACUUCUGAGUCAACACAGAUUCAAUUCAAAGUAUGUGAAGAUUGUGGAGGUUCUGGUAUAUGUUCUGAAUGCAAAGGUGAAGGAUUCGUUCUUAGGAAACGUUCUGAUGAAAGUGCUGAGAAGGCAAGAGUGCAAGCUAAGAAUAUGGCCACCCGAUUCACGGCAGGGCUUCCAAAGAAGUGGAGCUAUUGCACAAAGUGCUCUUCUGGUCGAUCCUGUUCAACCUGUGGUGGCAGUGGAAAGCUAAGUUACUAGUUUAGCAUUACGUGUUGUCUACCCAGUUCAAAAGACAGUUAGUUCCUCAGCAUUUCACAUGCUCUUGUUUAAAUCCCGGUUCAGAAUGAGGCAACAUAAUGAACUCAAGCUGAUGAGUGGUUCACAUUCACUUGUUUUCCUUAAUUUAUUCUGCAUAAAGCAAAAUUGUAUAUGUAUGUAAUUCAAUGGCAGUGUAUAGUAUGCAUUUGUUGCAUUUGCAGCACUAGACAGAUGUUGAGUUUAAAUCGACCCAGUAGGGUCUUGAUAGAAUAGGACUUGAGUUUACUGUCAAUACACAAAAAGUAUUGGAAUUUGCACUAACUUGCACACUCCAUAUGCUCCCCAUGCAAAUUGUUGGAUAACACCCUGAUCACAUGUUAAUUGCUAACUUCUUUUAAACAUUCAGGUUAUGUCCGUA